AUGGAUGUCCGCGUAAGAAGAAUGAAAAAACCACCCGCAUGUACUCAAUGUCGUAAAAGAAAGGUCGGUUGCGAUAGAGUCAAGCCCGUCUGUGGUAAUUGUAUGAAAAAUAACAGGGGUCAACAAUGCUUUUAUCCCAAUGUCCCUGGUCAAUUUAUGGAUGCUGCCUCUAUGGCCAAUGUCCCCACGGGCAUAUCCAAGGCUGCUGAACUUGACCGUUCUUUAUCAUACAUCCAACAGAAAGAAUCGAUGAUCUUUUCUCCACAAUAUAAUUCUGAAUUGGCUUCUUUAGAACAAAUUAGAGAAUACAAUACAAGAUUACAACUGCUAAAUAAUUCUAAUCUUUCAAGUAACCUAAAUGCUUUGAAUAAAAAUGGGCUAAAUACUAUUAAUAGUACUGGUAAUGGCCCAAACAAUAAGCCAAAGUUCAUACCUAGAACUUCCUUACCACAAUUUAAUAAGUCUGCAAAAUUUGAGAGCAAAAAAGUUUCUAAACUAAAUAAUGAUGAUAAAAAUUCUGUAAAUCUAAAUUGGAUUCAAGGACCUGCUAUUUUCGACUUAAAAAUCUCUAGAUAUUCAAAAUAUGAAAUAUUAGCAAAAGAAUUAGAUUUCAUUAAGUCUAGACUUUUAGAGCUGCAAGAUUUAACUGGGAAAGACCUUUCAAAUUUAAAUUUAUCUUGGAAUAAUAAUCCAUUCAGAGAUUUGAUAGAACUUUCUAACCAACAUAAUCAUAAUAAUAAUAAUGAUGAUGACGAAUGUACAAGUGAAAGUGAAAAUGAAAAUUCCAGUGACGAAGAUAUAUCUGAUGAUAAUACCACUUCUGCUAAGAAUACUUCAGAUAAUAACGGCAUCUCAUCUAAUAAUACCAACGUUGGUGAUAACCCUACUACCCUAUCCUCUUCUACAGAGUUUGAUAAAUAUACAGUUAUGGAUCCAGAAUUUAUCAAUAAGAACGAGGUAUUUAACUUUAUGUCCUUUAAGACAAAUUAUUCCAAAUCACCAAAUUCUAUUUUCCCUCAAGUUUCAGACAAUAAUAUAUUUGAUUCAAAUUACUUAGCUUCUAAGGAUUAUUAUCUCACAACUUUCUAUGAAAUUUUACAAAAUGUUAUUUCCAAAGAAUUCAGUCCUGAAUUAGAAAUUUUUAAAAGAUCUCAAUUAGAGAGUAAGGUUCCAGAAAAUAUAGCGAGAAAUAAUCAUAUGCUAUUAAAAUUCCCUAGAAAAUCCAUAAGUUUAAAAAUCAUAGAAUUUUUCCAAUCUACUGUAGCAGAAGCUCAUAUCUUAUUCCCAUUUAUUAAUAUUAAAGAUAUGCAUCUUACAAUUAGUCAAUUUUUUGCUUCUAAUGAAAUGAAUAACAAUAGUUCUGAAAAUACCGCUACUCCUAUUGUAAAAUUAGAUCCUACAAACUUCAAUCUAAAUAAUUUAAUUGAACUGGGUAAUAUUUCUGUGGUUAUAUUAUUAACCUAUGAAUCAUUAAAUUCCACCGUUUUACUACCAUUAAAGGAUGAUGACUUGAUCGAAAUUUAUAAAGAAUUGAAAUAUUUUAACAUACAUUUAUUAGAAAAUUUAAAAAUUAUUGAAUCAUAUAUACUGAACUCAGAAUUCAUUUCUUACUCAAAUUCAGGUUCUAUUAUUAAUUCAGUAAAAUUUAUUUCGUUUAAAAAGUUUCUCUAUUCUAUUAAGUCAGAUUUCUAUCAAUUACCAGAUUUAAAUGAAGAUAUUAAUUGGUCAAGGAAAUUUUCGUUAAAUUUGGAAAAUAGUAAUACAAGUUUAAUUCAAAUCUGGAACUUUAAUUACAAAAAUUACUGUUGGAGACAUCUAUAUAAAGGUGGAAUUCCAAACCUAGCUAAUACAAUUGAAUUGAAUUCAAAUUUGAUUGUGGAUCCUCUAUUAGCCUUGGAUUAUUCUUUACUAAAAUUUCAAUCUGAUUUUCUAAAAGUGUUACAUAUUAAUGAUCAUUUAAUUAAAUUAGAAAGAGUGGAAAAUUUAAAAUUAAAUUACAAGAUAAAAAUUAAUGACCUAAAGAAUAGCAUUUCCAAUUUAAAACAUUCAAAUAUCUCAAGUUCAAUCCAUCACAUUGUCGAUGCUUUAAUUUAUAGAAAUUCUAUGUUAUUUUGGAGUUAUUAUCUCUUAUUACAUUAUGAAUUGAAUGAUAAUUUGAUUAAAUUCCAAGAGGUGUACAAAGAUCUUUUACAAUUGAUUCAGGAAACUUUGUUUUAUGUCUUUUCUAAUUUGGCAAGUUUGAAAUUUGCUGGUUAUGAAUUUUUCUUUGCUAAUAAAUCAUUUUUAACUUUAACAAAUAUAGUUCAAAUUAUUUUCAUUCUUCAUUCUCGUUGUUCUUCGGUACUGAAGAAUUCACAAACCAACAAACCCACUUCUUCUACUAAAUCAGAUACUUUAUCAGCACCCCCAGCCAAAGAUGAUAAAGAAGGCAAUAAUAUAACCAAUAAAAAUAAUGAUACUUCUAGUACGUCAAGCAGUUCUGGGUCUAUUGAUGAAAACUUCAUUUUCCAAAUGAAUCAAAAAUCAAACUAUUUGGUUUUACUAUUGCAAAAAAUUUUAAUGCUAUUAAAUGAUUACUCUAAAAAUUGUAAAACUAUAAACCCACUAUUAAAGAAUAUUUGUGCACAGAUCAAUACGUUUAUAUCGUUUAUUGAUAUGUCAAAUUCCAUUUAUGCUGAAAAGUACUUUAAGAACCUACCAAAUCCUCCGCAUACUAAUAUGUUUGAAAAAUUUGAGAUUACCUAUCUAAUAAGGUUUGUCAACAAAUUACACAAUGUAUCAGAAUCGUUGAUUAAAAAAGACUUUUAUGCGCUAAGAAGUCCAUACUCAGCUACAGAAAAACAAACUCUAGGUAUCACCAAGGAAAAUAUAUCUAACGUUUUUAGUGCCUUCUGUACCUAA